GCAGAAUGACACCCUGGAUCUGAUCUGAAACAUGACUGGCACACUGCAUCUGAAACAUAAAGGUUACACUGGAUCUGAAACAGAAAUGACACACUGGAUCUGAAAAAUAACUGACACACUGACUAUAAACAGGACUGACACACUGGCUAUAAACAGAAAUGACACAUUGGCUCUGAAACAGAGCUGACACAGGGCAUCUGGAGUAGAAAUGACACGCUGGAUCUGAAAUAAAACUAACCCACUUGCUCUGAAACAUUACUGAGACACUGCAUCUAUAAUAGAUAUGACUCAUCUCUGUUUCAGAGCCAGCGUAACACUGGAUCUGAACGCACAAUUGAUGCAGCAUAGAGUUUACACAAGGUAGCUGAUACUCAAGACAGCUGAUGAAGGUCUAACACACUGUAGCUCACCUGGAUCUCAAGGUAUUAAGAAAUCAAUUUAUUUUUACCAUAAUUUAUUUUUAGCACAAUUUAAUUUUAGUAUAAUUUAUUAUUUGUUUAUGUAUUCAUCGAACGAAAAGGUGUUUUUAUAUAUAUAUAUAAUUAUGUUUAAUACACUUUUAAAAUAAUAGCAUCGUCCUAGUUUAUAUCCCCUUGAGAUAGUCAACAAACAUGAUCACAGUCCAUUGUAACCUUUUAGUUUUGACUAGUUAAUGAACAGUCGGAAGUUAAGUCACAGAAAUUUCCCGAUGUGUAUUAACAUUUUCCCAUUAUAAUUUUUUUUUUUUUUUAAAAUGCAAAAUUUUUAACAUAACUCAAGGGGAAAGUCCUACAAUCAUAUUUCUACAAUUUAACAGAAUGUAUUUUCAAAACCAAAAAUCUGACAAUUUUGUACCUAAUUUUUUUUUUUUUUUUAACUCUGUCAUUUUUUUUUUUUUUUUAAAAUGCAAAAUUUUUAACAUUACUCUAGGGGAAAGUCCUACAAUCAUAUUUCUACAAUUUAACAGAAUGUAUUUUCAAAACCAAAAAUCUGACAAUUUUGUACCUAAUUUUUUUUUUUUUUUUAACUCUGUCAUUUUAUUCAUCAGAUAGCAUUUCGUCGUUUUACUAUGAAUACAUUCGCAGUAGUCUUCGCCUUACUCAUCAUUGCUAUGGGAUUGACAGUCUUCCUAAUCACCUCGACUCAGUCGUCAUGCUCCUAUGUAAAUAUGUUCUUUAUUUCUUUUUUAAACUAAUUCUUUUAAAGCGCACCACGUUGAGCUCAGCCGAUUAGCAACACCACUUAGAACUUAGGAAGUAGCUGUAUUUAAACUAAGAUACUCAUAACAGUAAAUGUGUAUGAUGAUGAUGAUGAUUGAAUACGUGUUAUAGUGCUUGUGUCCAUGCAAUUUUAACAUGCUCACAGCGCUCUGAGGUCCUAAAAUCUAUUAAAAUUUUGUUAAAAUAUUUAAAUGUUUCUUAAAUGUACUAAUUGUGUCAGUGAAAAGAAGUGGUUAUCUCAAAGAGUAAAAAAAAAAAAAUGCUGUGGAGUAUAUAAAUGGAAAUAGUAUGGAGGCCGAGUGGUCUAAACUGAGUCAAUUCAAAAAACAAAACCAUCCCCCAACAUCCCCCCACCCCUGCAACCCGUGUUGAUGGGACUCGUUAACCUUGGACGGCCACUCAUCUAAGAGGAGGCAAACUCUGAAUUCAAACCCGGAGAUGGAGUUUCGUAUGUGGAUAAUAUUGAAACAAUGAAUCUUCGGAAACUCCUGCGACGCUAAUGGUGCCUAGCUGUGUCAUCCAUAAAUAAUGUUGCCUUAGGUUAUCCAUGUGCGUGGAGAGAGUCGAGUAGGUGACAAGGUUUUGCGUCCUCCCAAAGAAAUAUCCCACAUUGUGAUGGACGAAUGCCAUAAAAAAUAUUAUAAAUGAGACAAGAUGUCUGAAAAAAAAAUUCUACUCGAUAAUUGCGUUCCAUCACACGCGAGGGAGUAACAAAAACUAUAUCAAACUUUUUGCAAAUCCAAUUACCUAACACUUGGAUUUCGGAUAGUCAAAAUAAAAUCGCUACUGGAAGUUUGCACAUUUUGCUGUUCCAAUACCGAAUUAAUUAUUUUUUAAAUCACAUCACUCAAAACAAAACUACAUUCGCUUGAAUUAUUAAAUAUGUGAAGCGAUAUACAUUUGACCAAUCUAAAAGAAAAUUGUUUGAUACAUCCUAACCUCUUCGUCACAAAUACCUAAGAUCAUCUCGAUCAUUGCGAAUUCUUUUCCUCAAAGUUUGGACCAAAAGAUAUAGAAAAAUUCAAUUGUUCUCAAAUACACAAGCAUUUAUCAGUUUUUCUCUCGGCUGUUACAAAAUGUAAAUAAUCACUCUCCAAGACAACACUAUCCCUAAAGGAGUGAUGCUCCAUGACAUAGAACUGCUGAUUUUGUGCCAUUGGGAAUUACUUUAAAAUGUCUUGUGUUUAAAUUUGUCAGGUAUAAAAGUGUUUCUCCUAUAAGGCUCUGUAGGUAGCAAAUGAAAAAAAAACGUAUAUGUCCUGUAUUAACAGCGUUAAUUGUAACAUUGAUUUUGUAUUGUUAUAUGUAUUGUCUAAUGGGGUUCUUCAUCUUGCGUUUGCUUAUUCAGCACUCCUAAUUAUCAUUCCAAUGCUUAUUGUAAAAAAGAAUGAGGCCAAAUUCCACGAAUCGCAUCAUAACAUAUUUAUUGACAGAAUAUUUACUUCACACAGUAUAAAAUAAAUCUCCUAAACUGAAGGAAACAUGCCUGUUCGUUGCCUUGUUACUUCAUACACAUAAUUCACUCAGAUUGCAAUAUACAUAUCACGAUGCUCAUAGAUAAACACUUAGUGGAUGCAAGAGCACAAAAAAUCAAACUGCAAUGAUAACCAUGUAUGAAUCACUUCUCCUCUUGCUCAUACUUUUGAUUAUGAUAUAUUAAGACAUUUAACUUCCUGUUAAUACUAAAUUGUAAAAACAAUACAUUGCGCGAAACAAUUCAUUAUGUUAAUAUUUUAUCUGUUAAAUGUCCAUUUAAUUUUAAAAUUUAAAAAAAUACAUUUUCCAUUGAUUUGGGUCAGUAAAAGAAUAUUAUCUUAGUAAACGCGUUUCCCGAAUGGUUGAGGCAUCCAGGAAUCUGAAUUUCUCAAAAUGCUUAUCGAAGUAAUUUUUUUAUUUUUAAUAAGCUUCCUUUCCAACCAAGAAAGACCAAGGAAAACGAAUGUUACAGGGCCUUUUACUUCCUCUUUCCAGUGUAUUUCAGUCACAACUCUCUCUAGAAAUUUGGAACCAGAUGAAACAGAGUCAUCAACGAUAGAAUUUCUAGCCAAUGAACUGAAAAAGAAAUUGUCGCUGGCCAACGUGACAGCAAAUGUCGAAAACAUCACGACAUUAUGUCGAACUCUCAAAAUCCAGUAUGUAGACAAAUGUAACCGGACGGACAUAGACGACAACUGCACGCAGAGACAGCUGCCGGAAAACUUGGAGACCAGGAUAGAGCAACUGGUGUUCAGAAAAAAUCUGAUAAUAUCCCCUUACUAUCGUGACGUCAUCAGAAACAUGACCAGCUCCAUCACAAGAUCGUAUGACCUCAUCAUUGUGAGUGCGCUGUCAUCGAAUCACUACAACGAGACCCAGGUCAGUGAAGAGACAUUUUUAGAUAUUUUUUUUUUUUUAAUGUCUGAAUUAGGGGGGGAGGGGGGGGGGGGGGGGCGUUUUUGGGGGGGGGGGGUCCAGUAGAUCUAUUUUAAUGGUCUGGGGUAAGCCAUCGGCAACGAGAGUCAUCUGCUUGUUUCUGGCAUACAAAAUCUUCAGAUCGUGGAGACUACGCAAAGAUUCGUACCGAGGCUGUGACAAUAAGACACGUCACUUAACUGUGACGCCACUUGUAGGGGGGCCCAACAUCCUGUAACCUCUAAAAAAAAAUUUAAAAUCCUUUUUUUUUUUUUUUUUGCUUAUCAAUCAUUAAUUUUAUUGAAUCUAAAUAAACCCCCUUUUUUUUACAUGAAAAUAUGAUUAAUCUUAUGUAGCCCAUAUAAAAAAUAAAAAAAUUUAAAUUCCUUUUUUUUUUUUUUUUUGCUUAUCAAUCAUUAAUUGUAUUGAAUCUAAAUAAACCCCCUUUUAUUUACAUGCAGAUAUGAUUAAUCUUAUGUAGCCCAUAUAAAAAAACAUGUUCUCUCAAGUCGAAAUCGACGCAUGUUUAGUUCUUGCCGUCGGCGCAUUAUGUCCGUGGUUUACGCCAUCAAGACCAUCUGUUGGCUUAACCUAAUCAAUCCCUCGUUCGUCCAUUUGUCAUAGCUUCAACUACAAGCCUUCUUCCCUUUUUUUUUCCUCCCUAAAUUUUAAAUUAUUAUAUUUUAUUCCGAGUUAUUAUUAUUUUUUUAUUUUUAAAAUUAACACAACUUCGAAGAAGGCCAAAGAAAAAAAAAAAAAAAAAAAAAAAAAAAACAUGAAUUAUUAUUAUCCCAUGAUAAUGAGAUUGUAUUUACUUUUUAAUAUGUUUACCCCAUUUAAACACGCACAGCUCCUCAAUCAUGGAUUGUUUUUGUUCAAAUCUAUUGACUUCUGCAACAGGCCAUGUUAAAAAACCUUCACCAAGAGGUGUUCGUACAUCUCACCAACUUUUUGUUGGUUCUGUUUGACCUCGGCCUGACCCCAGAGGAGAGAGGAGAACUGGAGAAAUACUGCAGGUUAGUUGCCGCUGGCUAUUUGUAUGAGAGCAACAGUUGCUAUUGCCUAUGGAAUCAUUACUUAUAAACAAAAUUUAUUAUAUGAAGACCAACAUUAUUUACGCAUGGCUACUAAUUUGUCAAAUAUUUUGUAUAUGCCAAGUGGGGUCUUUCUAGGAUGACAAUAAUUUUCCCCAGAAAGGUUUCCUUUUCAUUUUUUUUAACCCAAAAUAUAAGGUGAAACAGAGACCAAAAGGAAAUCAUGCAAAUUUAAAGAACUCAUAAAAAAAAUAGUUUUUAUAUAAAUCCUCUAUAAAAUAUUAUAACUUGCAAAGGGGUCAAGGCAAAAAAUGUGUUUAAACAUGCAUACAAAUAACACAUUUUUUUAAAAAUCCCAAUUUGUGCCCCCCCCCCCCAAACUAAGCCUCACAACCGCACAUAAUAAUAAAAAUAAUAUAACUUGCAAAGGGGUCAAGGCAAAAAAUGUGUUUAAACAGAAAGACAAAUAACAAAUUUUUUUAAAAAUCCCAAUUUGGGACCCCCCCCCCCCCAAACUAAGACUCACAACCGCACAUAAUAAAUUAUUUGUACCCGCUUUUAAAAGGUUUAAGAAAUAUUUCAAUUACACAUUAAUCCUAUAUUCUAUUUUGCAGGUGCACAUUGAUACUAUAUUCUAUAUUUCAGAUGCACUGUCAUUACGUUUCCUUUCCACCUCUUCCCUCCCCACUUUGAAAAGAUGAAAUGUUUUGCCUGGAAACCUCCAAUAGUCAGAUCCAUGAUUGAUAAAGCGAAUGUUGUCAUUUGGCAAGACGCGUCCAUAAGGUAGGACUGUGUGAGGUUGAUUAUUAUUACAUCAAGAAAUGGCGUCAGCGGGGCGAGUUUGCACUCUUUAUGCCCCCCCCCAAAUUACCCCUCCCCGGCCCAACGUAUCGGGCCGCGGAGUAGCACGUUGGAGAUGCCCCCUCGUCAGGACGGCCCCCACCCUGGCCCCUCACCCAGGUCCCCGACCCGGGCGCCUGGGCGCUUGACCAGGAUCCCGCAUGGGGGCCACCCCAACCAGUAGGCACCCGGUCGGUCCGACACUAUGCGUUUAAAUAGUGCACUCGAUCGACUUUCUUUAGGAGUUGGGAUGGAAAAUUUACGUCUAAUAUCUUCCCCCACCCAUCCCGGGAAAGCGUCGGACGCCCUAUAAGAGGGAUUCCACAGUGGGUUUCCACAACGCAACUAGCUCGCGCUGUAGCUGGGACGAAACGGUUGCCUAGGGACAGCUUUCUCAGGGCUGCAUUUUUUGAAUCCUCGGCCAGAGGUUACCACCCUCGCCUCUGGCCUCAUACCCGUCACCGGCAACUUGUAAUCAUGAUCCCUACCCUGGCUCUGCCUAAUUUUCCGUCUGUGAAGUAUCACAACUGGCAGCCCUGUGGGAGCUGUUUUAUGUACGGCAGGUACCGAGCACACCCUUUGUCUGCCCACGCGGGGCGUGCCCAGUAGUUCUGUUCCCCGGCACACGCCGAGGGGGUCGGUGGCCGACGCUUCCUAAUCGACAGGCCACAACAGACUUGCCAACCGGAAACCGGGGUCCGUGUGAGGUUGAUAAAACGAUUGAUCAAGCAAAUGUUUUCAUUUGGCAAGACGUCUCCAUCAGGUAGGACGGUGUGAGGUUGAUAAAACGAUUGAUCAAGCAAAUGUUCUCAUUUGGCUAGACGUCUCCAUCAGGUAGGACUGUGUGAAGUUGAUAAAGCGAUUGAUCCAGCAAAUGUCCCCAUUUGGCAAGAAGUCUCCAUCAGGUUAGAACAAUUGUUUUAUUAUGAAGAAGCCUAUAUUGACAUUUGGCAAGGCGACUUUAUCACGUUGGAUGAUGAGGCGGCAAAAAAAGACCCUAUUUACCUAUUCAGAUCAUAAGUUAUGGUCCACAUUUUUCAUGAAAGUACUUUAAACCACACCUAACACAACUUACAUUUAAAAGUAAAUUUUAAAUUUUAUACGAUUAAAGUACAGCUCAAUAAUAUACACAGUGGAUUUGUUUGUUCUUAUCACCAUUAAAUCGUCUCUCAGUUGUCAUUGUACAAAGAAUUGUGUAUCAUGUUACCAUUUGACCAGCACUUGCUGGCCUACAUAUGUUCAUGUUACCAUUUGACCAACACUUAUUGGCCUACAUAUGUCACUGUUACCAUUUGCCCAACACUUGAUGGCCCCACAUAUGUCCAUUUUACUAUUUGACCAACACUUGGUGGCCUACAUAUGUCCAUGUUACCAUUUGAACAACACUUGGUGGCCUGCAUAUGUCCAUGUGACUAUUUGACCAAGAUUCAAUGGCCUACAUAUGGCUUUGUCAUUGAUUGACAACACUAAAUUGACUUAUAAAGAUCAAUACUCGGAGGUCGAGAUUUUACUCUCUUAGGACCUUGGCCGUGAAACAUGGCCUAGUAGUCCAUGGGGACUCCGGCCAUGCAACUCGGCCUUGAGCAAAAUGGGGUUUGGAACAGCUUUACUUCCUCUCCGGAGAUGGCGUUGCGUUGCCACCUCCACCGCCCGGGAGCUGUUCGUUUUCCCCUUGGUGUGGGACAGCUUCGCCUCCGCUCCGGAGAUGGCGUUGCGUUACCACCUCCACCGCCCGGGAGCUGUACGUUUUCCUUGGUGCGGGACGGCUUUGCCUCCUCUCCGGGAGUAGUUGCUGGCUUACUAACUCCCACCAUCCCGGGAGUCCUGAGCCAAGUUUUGGGGGUUCCCAACGAGUUGUUUCCCUCCGGGGAGGCGUUUCGUUGCCUCAAACCCGCGUUUUUUCGGGAGCUGUUCGGACCGGACAGAACGGCUUUAACUUCCUCUCCGGGGGAGGCGUUGCGUUGCCUCGAUCCACCGUUCUGGGAGCUGUUCGGGCUGGACAUGUCGGGACGAAACGGUCGCCUAGGGGUGGCUUUCUCAGGGCCACGUCUUUUUAAUCACUGGCAAGGGUUUAGGACCCACUACCUCAUACCCAUUACCGGCAACACGUAAUCAUGUUAGCGCUUCCUUCCGUUGCGUUAGAAGUCAUGCGUUUUGCAAAAUAAAUAAAUAAAUAAAUGAAAAGGGGGUUGAGCAAAAUAUCUUCCUCCCAGUGGAAGGGGGCUUUGCGUUACCCCCUCCCCUAGCCCAGUGGGUCUUCCGAUAGGGACAGUGUGAUCUUUGGCUUCAGGGAGCAUGCCCUAUACUGGUCUUCCACGCCACGAAGAGGCAGAUCACGUGCACACCACCUCGAGCAAAGUGGUGUGAGUUUCCCCCGGUCUAGCGCAAGCCAUCCCGAGGGAAACUUGGAAGACUAAAUUGACUAAAAGUUUCUAUCAUUAGAUACACCCAGCCUGACGUCAUUCCCGUCAUGGUGAGACGAACCAUUCAGCGCGGAGUACAGCAACGUUACUUCACAGGUGCAAUACCAAAUCCAUAUUGGACACUGCCUCAGGUAAGUUUAGUCUGAGUAUAGCCUAAACUAAAAGAGUUGAUGAAACUCUAGAAUUUUCUUUUUGUACAAUAUUUAAGAAAAUUAUAAUAUCACUAUAAUGUAUUUCAAGGGUUCUGAACCUGGAGAGCGGGAGGCAGUGUAGGGGGCGCGAGAUGAUCCACAGAUUUGAGAUUAUUAGCAUUUUUAUCCCGUUGUUGCCGAAGAAUACCAAAUCCAUUUUUAACGCUUUCUCGUGUAAAAUCUUGAUGGGUUUUGCAAAGAUCAACUAAUCAGUAGGAUCAUUUAGAUGUUCGUUUAAAAUUUACAAAUAUAUUUCUUAUAUAAUUAACCAGACAGGGGAAAAAAAAGAGUGUUUUAAAAAAUAUCGUUACGAAUACCUUUACAGAACAAUGCAAUCAUUACCUUAUCCUCGUGCAUUGUUUCUAGAUGUUUGAAUAUUUCGGAGACUCCCCGUGCGCUCAUAUGGCGUUUAAUCAAUGCGAGGGAACGUUUGGAAUGUAUCACAGGUGAGUGAUUGCUCUUGUUUGGAAUGUAUCACAGGUGAGUGAUUGCUCUUGUUUGGAAUGUAUCACAGGUGAGUGAUUGCUCUUGUUUGGAAUGUAUCACAGGUGAGAGAUUGCUCUUGUUUGGAAUGUAUCACAGGUGAGUGAUUGCUCUUGUUUGGAAUGUAUCACAGGUGAGUGAUUGCUCUUGUUUGGAAUUUAUCACAGGUGAGAGAUUGCUCUUGUUUGGAAUUUAUCACAGGUGAGUGAUUGCUCUUGUUUGGAAUGUAUCACAGGUGAGUGAUUGCUCUUGUUAGGAAUGUAUCACAUGUGAGUGAUUGCUUUUGUUUGGAAUGCAUCACAGGUUAGUGAUUGCUCUUGUUUGGAAUGUAUCACAGGAGAGUGACUGCUCUUGUUUUGGCUUUUUGGCGCCUUGAUGCUGUCACGCCUUCAUACUUUCAACAUGCUAAUUUUUUUCUUUCUCUUCCCCUGUCUAUCCCCGUGAUUACGAGUCGAUGUUGUGUUCUUCUAUCUAUCCCCCGUGAUCACGAGUCGAUGUUGUGUUCUUCUCCUCCAUCUAUCCCCGUGAUCAUGAGUCGAUGUUGUCUUCUUCUUCCCCCGUCUAAUCCCCGUGAUCACGCGUCGAUGUUGUGUUCUUCUCCCCCGUCUAUGUCCGUGAUCACGAGUCGAUAUUGUGUUCUUUUUCCCCCGUCUAUGUCCGUGAUCACGAGUCGAUAUUGUGUUCUUCUUCCCCAUCUAUCCCCCGUGAUCACGAGUCAAUGUUGUGUUCUUUUUCCCCCGUCUAGGACGUGAUCACGAGUCGAUGUUGUGUUCUUCUUCCCCCGUCUAUCCCCCGUGAUCACGAGUCGAUGUUGUGUUCUUCUUCCCCAUCUAUCCCCCGUGAUCACGAGUCAAUGUUGUGUUCUUUUUCCCCCGUCUAUCCCUGUGAUCACGCGUCGAUGUUGUGUUCUUGUCCCCCGUCUAUCCCCCGUGAUCACGAGUCCAUAUUUUCUUUUCUUCUUCCCCAUCUAUCCCCCGUGAUCACAGGUCCAUGUUUUGUUUGCUUCUUCCCCAUCUAUGCCACGUGAUCCCUGGUCCAUUUUGUUUUCUUCUUUGUAUCGAAACCCCCCCCCCCCCGGUGUCACUCACCGUUCCGGUCUCAGUUCGGUGAACAAUUCAUGCAUCCAGCCUAUCGUGACACAGUGUCGCGCAUGUUUAAAAAACAGAACUUGGAUGGUAACGAAUUACACAAUUGAAAUUUUCUAACGUAUAGGUUGAUAACUUCCAGGCUUGUAUUUGAAAACGUGUGUUUAUUCAUUGAUGAGCAGACGUUAACAUGGGGUUCAAGGAAUUAAGAAACUUAUUACAAAAGAGAGGUGGACACAAACAAACAAAAAUGUGUAUCACAAAAUGCCCAAACACAAACGAUGUGAUUUUUUUUAAGAGCUUCCAUGUUAUUUAGUGGCUAAAAUGCCACCCGGAGCGAACUCGCGCGAAAAAAAAUAAAAUAAAUAAGUUAAAAAAUUCCCACAAUCACACAAGGUGCUGGUGAUAACAUAAACUUAAGUUUUACCAGGGGCGUUUCCCACCCCCCUUCGCCCCUUUUUAGGGUACGCCGCCAAUAUUCAUUCUAUCGAAUCAUUAGUUCGGCCAGGGCAGUCGUCCCGAGUAAUUAUUCUUUUGAUCUUUCAGCGAACCACUUGUCGUGAAGGCCGUCCUUGACCCCUGGUUCGGCUGCGCACUCAGUCCUGCAUGCACGUGCCCUGCAAAUCAGCGGGCGUAUCAGGAUUGUCCACGUGAACGAGACCCCACCAAACUCGGCCACUGCAUGAGGCAUGACCAGUCGUCCAUAACGGUCAUCCUCGCCAAGCUGUUCCGAGAGAAAUUCCACCAUUUCGUCGUCAACGUGCAUUGGUUCCAGGACACCAAGCGGGGAGAACAGACGAUUUACUUCUCAAAAUAGGACUAGAAAAAGUUAUUUCUAUACCAGAUAACAUAUAACACACAAUCUCCACAUAAAAUAUGCAUUGUGGUGUAUUGCGUUGCGAGAGAGGGGAGAAAAGAGCCAUCUCAUUAGAUGUGACAUUGCUUUUGUAUUAUAAUGAGUACUAGUAAAAUUACCCGGCUCUGCUCCGGCUUGUGAUAUAUGACCAAAAAAAAAAAAAACCUUAGCUAAAGUAACUAUUAACAUUUCAUUUCCUUCUAUAACAGACUAGAUUUAAUAAUUAUUGUAGCAUUAAACUGUUGCCCAUCACGUUUCAGUUAACAUUCCUGAAGCCUGACCUUGUACUGAGUGCCUAUCAUUGUACUUUUCCAAUUCUGGUUGGUUGUCAAGUAUUACCACCAACUGUGUCGAAAAUCAAUUCUUUUUUUUUUUUAAUUGGGCCAUGUAUGUUUUGGCUGAUUGGGAAGGCACCAGCCAUUUGUCUAAUUUUCUGUUUCCGAAUAUGGUCCCUUCUUUUUUUUUUGUGGCUCCCCUCAAAGAUCUUAUCGUGCUGGUUACCAUUUUUUUGUUAUUUUCCAAUUCUUGUUGGUUGUUAAGUAUUACCACCAACUUUGUCGAAAAUCAAUUUUUUUUUUUUUUUAAUUGGGCCAUGUAUGUUUUGGCUGAUUGGGAAGGCACCAGCCAUUUGUCUAAUUUUCUGUUUCCGAAUAUGGUCCCUUCUUUUUUUUUUGUGGCUCCCCUCAAAGAUCUCAUCGUGCUGGUGACCAUUUUUCUCACUAUACUUUAUGCAGAGGCCAGGUUUGACACUGUAAUACUACAGUGUGAUUUUCGGAUGUAAGUUAUGCAAUUUUGACAUUAACUUUUUUUGCAAGGUAUUUAAGAAGUUUAUGAUAAACAUGUACAACAUGUAAAUAAUUUAAUUUAAAAAAGGUGUAAUCUAAUAUGGACUGAAAUUGUUCCGUGUUUAACAAGUUAUACCUCUUAGACAGUGCUAUCCUCAUAGAAUACACCUCUGAGACAUGGCUAUCCUCAUAGAAUAAACCUCUGAGGCAUGGCUAUCCUCAUAGAAUACACCUCUGAGAAUGGCUAUCCUCAUAGAAUACACCUCUGAGACAUCGCUAAUCUCAAAGAAUACACUUCUGAGACAUGGUUAUCCUCAUAGAAUACACCCUGAGACAUGGCUACACUCAUAGAAUACACCGACCCAUCUUUUGACUAAAGUCUGUUUGAGUAUCAAUCCCAAGCUAUUGAUUCUCCCUUCCAACAUGCUUCAUAAGGUAACUGAUCAAAAUAAAUGGACAUUUGUUGUUUUUUUUGUCAUUCAUGGUACAUAUGUUUUUUUCAGUCCUGAAAAUGCUUGUUUGUGUUUAUAUUAAUCAAUAAGGAGCCACGGGUAAGUUGUCGGACUGUCUGUAGGGCUAUUAUUUAAAAGAAUACUGACAGGGUGUAGGGCUGGCGGUAGGUCUAUUGCUUAAAGGCUAGCAGGUAGGCUGUAGGACUGUCUGUUGGAAUAUUGUUGAAAGUCCGGCAGGUAGGGUGCAUGAGCAGUUGACUCUUUUUGACACGUGUUUAUUUUGACACUUGUCUAUGUAGACGCGUGUUUGCCGCCCGCCCCUAAAAUUCAACUGCUUACCUGCGUUCAACCAUCACGAAUGACACCCGCAUCGUGACCGCUUUUCCUUCCCCUACUCAGUAAUGAUUAUAUAAAAGAUGCUGAGAAGGGGACGGCCGGUUGUCAAAAGGAAGCAGGACACACCAGAGGCAAUAUG